GGGCCUCAUUUGAGCUCCUCUAGAACCCUCGCCCAUUGCGAAUAUUCUCGAAACACCCUUUCUUGUAUAAAAACCCUAACCCCUUUCUUAUCGUCAAUCAUUUCGUUUCAUUGUAGUUUCUCUCUCUCUCUCUCUCUUUCUCUCCAUUGAGCUUCGAAGCUCCUCACUCUGAACUGGUAAUGGCGGCUGCAAACGCGUUCUCGUCAGCGGUUCUUCGCUCUUCUCCUCAACAGGGUGGCUUGAGGAGAAAGGUUAGCCAUGGUAGUAAUUCGAGGACCGUUGGUAGGUUCGUUGUUAGAGCUCGAGCAAAGGAUAUUGCUUUUGAUCAGAGCUCACGGGCUGCCCUGCAGGCUGGCAUUGACAAGCUUGCAGAUGCUGUAGGCAUAACUCUUGGCCCCAGGGGGAGGAAUGUGGUUUUGGAUGAGUUUGGCAACCCUAGAGUGGUGAAUGAUGGGGUUACUAUUGCUCGUGCUAUUGACCUUGCCAAUCCUAUGGAGAAUGCAGGUGCUGCCUUGAUACGGGAGGUUGCAAGCAAGACCAAUGACUCUGCUGGUGAUGGGACAACCACUGCAUCUAUACUUGCUCGAGAAAUUAUCAAAUUAGGGCUUUUGAGUGUCACCUCUGGUGCUAAUCCUGUUUCUAUUAAGAAGGGCAUUGACAAAGUUGUCCAAGGUCUGGUAGAGGAGCUAGAGAAGAAGGCCAGGCCCAUCAAAGGUCGUGACGACAUCAAAGCUAUUGCAACCAUCUCUGCUGGUAAUGAUGAGUUCGUUGGCACCAUGAUUGCUGAUGCCAUUGACAAAGUGGGACCAGAUGGUGUGCUGUCCAUUGAAUCUUCGUCAUCUUUUGAGACAACUGUUGAUGUGGAGGAGGGAAUGGAGAUUGAUAGAGGUUAUGUGUCCCCACAGUUUGUCACAAAUCCAGAGAAAUUGACUGUAGAGUUUGAGAAUGCCAGAGUUUUGGUGACUGAUCAGAAGAUAUCAACAAUUAAGGAAAUAAUACCUUUGUUGGAGAAGACCACACAAUUAAGAGCUCCUUUGCUCAUAGUUGCAGAGGAUGUUACAGGUGAGGCUCUAGCCACUCUGGUUGUGAACAAGCUUCGUGGCAUACUCAAUGUUGCUGCCAUUAAAGCACCAGGCUUUGGUGAGAGACGGAAGGCUAUGAUUCAGGAUAUUGCUAUUUUGACAGGGGCUGAGUACCAAGCUAGUGACCUAGGUCUUCUGGUUGAAAGUGCAACAGUGGAGCAACUUGGUACCGCGAGGAAAGUCACUAUAACCAAGGACUCAACUACCAUUAUAGCCGAUGCAGCAACCAAGGAUGAGAUCCAAGCUCGUAUUGCUCAAAUCAAGAAAGAAUUGGCUGAAACUGACUCUGUUUAUGACUCUGAAAAGUUAGCAGAGCGUAUUGCCAAGCUAUCUGGAGGUGUGGCAGUUAUCAAGGUUGGAGCUGCCACUGAAACUGAGCUUGAAGAUAGAAAGCUUAGGAUUGAGGAUGCUAAGAAUGCUACAUUUGCUGCCAUUGAGGAAGGAAUUGUGCCUGGUGGUGGCACUGCUUAUGUGCACCUAUCGGCCCAUGUUCCGGCCAUUAAGGAGAAGUUGGAGGAUGCAGAUGAGAGACUUGGGGCCGAGAUUGUGAUGAAGGCACUUGUGGCUCCGGCUGCAUUGAUAGCACAGAAUGCAGGGGUUGAAGGAGAGGUGAUUGUGGAGAAGAUCAAGACAGGGGAAUGGGAGGUCGGGUACAAUGCCAUGACCGACAGGUACGAGAACCUUGUUGAGGCUGGUGUAAUUGACCCUGCAAAGGUGACGAGGUGCGCCUUACAAAAUGCAGCCUCAGUGGCGGGCAUGGUCCUUACCACCCAGGCCAUAGUUGUUGAGAAGCCCCAGCCCAAGGCGCCUGUGGCUGCCCCACCCCAAGGCUUGUCUAUCUAAACCUAUAGAAGGUGUGGUUCUACAUGAGGGUUUUUGAAGUUCAUGAAGAAAAUGGG